CUUAUUUUCGUACUGUAUAGGAGCGGCCUGAGUGAGGGGCUUUAGCGCUUUGCUUGGUCGCCCUCUGGCUGCUUUUGCCAGCAAUAAAAUUGCGCGAGAAAGAGAAGGAGAGGGAGAGAGCCCACCGUGUGUCCUUCUUUCUCCUCCUCGCUAAGCAACUCAUCGUCGUCCGGGGACAACCUUAGUAAGCAGCAGGAGUACUAGUUAAGCUGCAGCCCACCGGAAGCAAGGAAGCGAAUCGAGUGCUCCAUAAGGUACGAGGAAGCGGCAGACAGAAGUAACCGGAGCUCGAUCGACAUGGCCGGAGCGGCUAUGGCGCGGAGGAGCAGGCGGCCUCUCCUUCUUCCUCUCCUCCUCCUGGGGUUCUUGCUGCUCGCCCAUGUCCCUUCUGCAGCGCCGCAGUCCUUCAUCGGUAUCAACUACGGCGACGUGGCCGACAACCUGCCGCCGCCGGCGUCGACGGCGCGCCUCCUCAAGUCCACGACCAUCGGCAAGGUGCGCCUCUACCGCACCGACCCGGCCGUGGUCUCCGCCUUCGCCGGCACGGGCAUCUCCCUGCUCCUCGGCGCAGCCAACGGCGACAUCCCAAACUUCGCGUCCUCGCCGUCGGCCGCCGCCGCCUGGGUGGCCUCCCACCUCCCAUCCACCUCCUCCCCGGCCAUCAACGGCAUCUCCGUCGGCAACGAGGUGCUCUUCGCGGACGACGCCACGCUGGCCGCGCAGCUGGUGCCGGCGCUGCAGAACGUGUACGACGCGCUGCCGCCCAACUCCAGCAUCAAGGUCUCCACCGUGAACGCCAUGGACGUGCUGGCCUCCUCCGACCCGCCCUCCUCGGGCGCGUUCAAGCCGGCGCUGGCCGCCGCGCUCGACCCGCUCCUCGCCUUCCUCAGCAAGACCGGCUCGCCGUUCCUCGUCAACCCGUACCCGUACUUCGCGUACCAGGACGACCCGCGGCCCGACACUCUCGCCUUCUGCCUCUUCCAGCCCAACGCCGGCCGGCCGGACGCCGGGUCGGGGCUCACUUACACCAGCAUGUUCGACGCGCAAGUGGACGCCGUGCGCGCCGCGCUGGACGCCAAGGGGUACAAGGACGUGGAGGUCGUGGUGGCCGAGACCGGCUGGCCGCACAGCGGCGGCGCCGACGAGGCCGGCGCGUCGGUGGAGAACGCGCGCGCGUUCGUGUCCGGCCUCGUGUCGCACCUCCGGUCCAUGGUGGGGACGCCGCGGAUGCCGGGGAAGUCGGUGGACACCUACCUCUUCGCCGUGUACGACGAGGACCUCAAGCCCGGGAAGGCGUCGGAGAAGUCGUUCGGGCUGUUCCAGACCACGCUCACCGAGACGUACCCGACGGGGCUGAUGAGGAACGGCACCGCGGGCUUGGCGCCCGCACCGGCGCCGACACAGAAGGUGCCGCCGGCCAGCCCUCCUCCGGCGACGCAGCAGGUGACUCCGACCCCUCCAGUGCAGCCGGGCGCGGCGGCAGCGUCUUCUCGUCACAAUCGUAGUGCUGCUGAAUCGUCCCGCACUUUCUCGGCCCUCCAUCUUUUUGCUUGUUUCGGGUUUAUGGCUUUGUUGGUCUGAUCUUUUACUUCAGUUCUGCAAUUGAUGUGAAGUGUAUUGAGGCAAAAUCAUGUUAUGCCGGUCUGUGUCUUUGCAUUGUCAAACAACAGUUCAACUCA